AAUUUCUAAUAGUCACCCGAUAUAGUAUCUCCAUUCAAUAGAUCAGUAUCUUGUAGUAUCUACUUGAAUAUUUAAAAACGCUUUCGAGUACAUAAUAUAACUUAUCCGCGAGGUAUAAAAUUAGCAGAGCUUCAAAUAUUGUUUUGAAGCAGACCGCACUUUCGUCUGAAGUUCCGGAAAAAUGGCGUUAAACCGUUUAGCAGUAUUUUUCUUAGUCGCACUGUCUGCAGCUACAGUUCAGGGAGCAGCCUAUCCAAAGGAACACUUUGAGACGCAAUCUCUUCAGAAAAAUGAUAUCCAUGAGCUUCUGGAAAAUUUAAGGAGAGCAAUACAAGGAGCCAUUGAUGCGGGCGAAAAACUAAUAGGAAAGUCUAUAGAGGCUCUUCAAAAACUGGGUGAAACCAUUUUGGCGGGUAUCAUGGCCGCAGCAGAAAAAGCCGUGAACAAGAUUGUGAGUGAGAUCAUCGAGAUUCAAGAGAAAGCAAUUAAAGCAGGUCUGAAUAUAGAACACUGCAUGAUCAACGAAACUAUCGCAACUCUAAAAGGAUUACCGCGUGUCGCCUUUGAAGAAGCCGAAAAGUGCGUAUUUGGGUUUAUCAAGCAAGGUAAAGACUACGCGGAUGCUGGAAUUCAGAAGGUAGGAGAUCUUCACUCUUUUGAAUAGCUUAAACACAGACAAUCAAACAAAAGUCCGAACACUAUCCCAGACAAAUAUUAUUAGCAAAACAAUGCUAUAUUUUGCUAAACGUUAUUAUGUCGAAAAACUGCUCAAACACAAUUUAAAGAGGACCUCCCAAAAUUUUGACUUCCUCAAAAGUAUGGCGUGACGUGGAUAUCAAGCGCCUAAAGGCCAGUAUAAAGCGGUUUUCCAGAAUAGUCUUCUGCCAAAGCUUAGCGUUUUUGUAAAUUGAAUCGCAGCUCAACUGAUAAUUAUCAGAACGCUAUAAUGCAUUAUAUCAUUCUUCUGCUUCUGGAAGGAUUUAUCGGUUUGUGCAAUAAAAUAUGGGGUAUUUGGUUUAAGAAACAAAUUUUGACAUUCUAUUACAUAUUCGAACAUAUUCUUCCAAAAACAGGGCGAUAUAGAAUCCACUAUGAUUGGUUGUUAAAUUAUAAGUGACUUACGUGGUUUUGGAAAAUUGUGAUGAAAUAUUAUAAUAAAUAAUGAGGUCAUUAGAAACUUAAAAAUGAGACGCCGAUUAUAUUAAAAAAAUGAUCCAAGGUGACUCCCCGCUUCUAUGCAUCAAUCACUCGACCCAGAAUUUCGGCUGGCUAACUGGCUAUCUGAUGUAUUCAUAAGGUAAGAAGGGAAGGGGUACCUUUAUGAAAAGCAAUGUAUAUUCUUAUUCAAGGAAAUCCAUUCGUUAGCGUUUUUUAGACGCCUGAUCUCCAAAAUGAAUCGGUGUUUUGAAAAUUGUCACAGGAUAAUUAUAGUCUAUAAAAUCGCCCUUUGAAAAUACCCUGUAGAAUCUAGAACUACUGAGUAUAGUAAAUGAACCAUUUGCGUUUCGAAUCACCCUGCACAUGUUGAUUAAAUACGAAUACAUUACUAGGUUAUUUAACCAUUUCUAGACGCUUGGGAUUCUUAAUACAUAUUUCUGUUCUAGAUCAAACACACAUUGGACGAAAUAACCAUCAUCGGUGACGAAAUCGGCAAAUGCGGAAACGAUUUGGCUGCCAUCCCUUGUCUAGCCAAGCUGUCCAUCAGAAUUGGUGUGGACAUCGUACAGAUCCCUCUAGCUAUCGCAGAUCAAGCGGCCAAGACUGUGGCUUUGAUUGAAGGACUGAAGUUGCAGAUACCCAAGUGUGCAACCGAUGCUUUGAUCAGAGUUGGCGUUGAGUCUGGAAAGUUGCUGCUCAAUGUCACCAAGUGUGUUGCCGAUGCAAAGAAAUGAUUUGUUGACUUGUUGUUGAGAUGAACGAAUUAAUAUUUUUACACUAAUACUGUCUAUUCUUAUUUACCAACACUACGAGAAAACUAGGGAUUCAAAAUAAUGAUAUACAUUAAGCCCCAGAACGAAUGGCGGGGAGGAGGGUUACUUACAAUCAGAAAAUGUAUGUAUUUGAUGGGCAUACAAGGUUUUCAUAGCUAUGAACAACUUCUGGAUACUAUGGCCUUCCAAAAUACCUUUUAAGUAAUUAGAUACCAUAAAUAAUUUCUGCGGAAGAUAGACAAAAUGGGCUAAGUACCAUUAAUCUGGUGCUACCUAUUUUAUGAACUUAUCCUGUAACUGCCAUUCUACCUUCUAUAUUCUGGAUAGAGUUAUAAAACCAUUAAGAGACAAUAAAUCAUCAACAAAUCAAUACCAGAUCUAACCAAAGUAAGGAGAACUUGGUCCUCAAAAAUUGAAUUUAGGUGAUUAGACACAAAU